CGCUGCUGGUGGCCGCGCCGGGCUUAAGCGAGUAGCGCCGAGCCUAGCAGAACCGGGGCUAGCUGAGGCGGGACGAGCGGAGCCGGGAUGCAGCGGGCGGCAGCGCGGGUGCUGCGCGGGGCGCGGAGCCCCCCGGUGCGCUGGGGCUCGGCCACGGCGCGGGGCCCCCCGCGGGGGCUGCGCUACGAGCGGCACGGGGAGCCCCCGGCCGUCGUGCAACUAAAGGACCUCGAGGUGGCCGAGCUGGGGGACUCUGAUGUCCAUGUUAAGAUGUUGGCAGCCCCCAUCAAUCCUGCCGACAUCAAUAUGAUCCAAGGGACCUACGCCAUCCUCCCCCCGCUGCCAGCUGUGGGAGGGAAUGAAGGUGUCGGGGAGGUGCUGGAGGUCGGGCGUCGUGUGGCGGCUCUGAAACCCGGGGACUGGGUCAUCCCGGCGGGUGCCGGACUUGGGACGUGGCGGACGCAGGGGGUGUUCCCCGAGGAGGAGCUGCUGAAGGUGCCCAGCGACAUCCCACUGCUGUGCGCAGCCACCCUGAGCGUCAACCCCUGCACGGCGUACCGCAUGCUGGCCGACUUCGAGACCCUGGUGCCGGGUGACUCCGUCAUCCAGAACGCCGCCAACAGUGGCGUAGGCCAGGCUGUUAUCCAGAUCGCCAAAGCUUCUGGCAUCAAGACCAUCAACGUGGUGAGGGACAGACCUGAUCUCCCACAGCUGGUGGAGAGACUGAUGGCCCUGGGUGCAGACCAUGUUGUCACAGAGGAGAUGCUGAGAAAACCAGAGAUGAAAGAUAUAUUUAAGAACACCCCGAAGCCCCGGCUCGCCCUGAACUGCGUCGGAGGCAAAAGCACUACGGAGAUGCUGCGGCAUCUGCAGCCCAAAGGGACCAUGGUCACCUACGGGGGGAUGGCAAAGCAGCCUGUAAUGGUGCCCGUGAGCGCAUUCAUCUUCCGGGACGUGCGGCUCCGCGGCUUCUGGAUGACGCAGUGGAGGAAGGACCACGCGCAGGACCAGGAGAGCCUGGGCAGCAUGAUGGACGCCUUGUGCCAGCUCAUCCGGAGGGGGCAGCUCGCUGCGCCGGCCUGCACCGAGGUCCCGCUCCAGGACUACAAGGCAGCGCUGGAGGCAUCCACGAAGCCCUUCACGUCCUUGAAGCAGAUUCUCCUCCUCUGACCCCCCAAAACCUUGGCUUGCGGGUGGCAGUGGGCUGAGCCCAGUGCUGCUGCACCGCAGCCAAGCUUUCCCUUGGUGCCUUGUCUGCAGACGAGAGUUGCUUAGGGAAAAAUACCUCCAGAUCCAUUGAUUUAUUUUUUUUUUUAACUUUUCGGUGCCCACUUUAAGUUCUAAAAGCCUCUGCAGCUGUGUAUGGACAGCAGCAUGCAUAAUUGCUUCUGGAGGGAGGCUGCAAUCUCGCUUUAGCUGGGGUGAGUUUAGGUAAAGAGAAAGCUCAGGGAGCCCAGAGACAGCGGCUUGCUCAGCUCAGGGUGUCAAAAAAGCAGCAGCUCCCCCGCACGCGUGUUCUUGGGGCUGGGAGGGCUGCACCGCUGUCUCCUGCCUGGCUUAGCAGCUGGCAAUGUUGUUCUACUGUUUGCAUUGUCCCUCCAGGUGAUUUUUGGCUGUGUUUGGGUGACUUUGCAGGGUAGCACGGGGCUGGUCGCUGCCCAGCUGCCAGCCACCACAGCCCGCCCUGUGCUGCUGCCACCUCUGAGCCACCUCCAAGUUCAGCAGCCAAGUGCCCCUGGGCUGGGGACACUCCCCACACUGAAUUGCAGAGAAAACCCCAUUUUUUAUUUAAUUAUUUUUUUUUUAAAUUUCUCUAAUUUUUUCCCUGCCCAGCGUGUGCAGUGCUGGCAGGAUGGGAGCAGGGGCUGCCCGUCCAGGCUGGAAGACAACAGCACAAAGGGCUUUUCCAGCCUGUGGCGUCACCUCAUUUCAAAAAUGAGCUCAAACAGGAACAAUAAAAGAAGCACCAAGUUACCAAGUACCAGCCAGCGCUGCUGUGCCAGCGGGAGCUGUAAGGCACCGCCGUCCCUUCGGGGAGAGCUCUGGGUGGUGGCAUUCGGGGCUGGGAGGGGACUCGUGCAGCAGCUCACAGCUGGCCACGUGCAGGGCAGGGGGGGCCUUUUGCAGUACCUGGACUUGAAUUCAGUUUUGCUGCUGUUUCUGCUACUACUACUGAUCGUGACGAGAACCUCUUGGAAAUCAAUGUCUAAUAUCUAUAUUUUUUUUAAGAUGCUGCCAAUAAAUGUUUCUGUGCUGA